AUGAUAGAUUUUAAGGAUAAAUAAAUUUAUUAUAAUUGGAAAAUUUAGCAAAAAAGUGUAAUUGUAUAAGAAAAUACAAGAAUAGUUUACGAUUAAUUUCUUUAAAUUCUUCGCGACACUACGCUAAACUAGGAAGAAUAAUCCUCGUAAAGGAAUAAUGAAACGGUUUCCACUUAUAGACCUUUAGAUGAUAUUCAAUCUACUUAUUUAUUAACGACAACAUAAAAAUUCGAAAAUCAAGAAAAUUAUCCUGUUUUAUGCUCAAACUGGAAUCAAGGAAAAUUUCAAGUAGUAAUAAAUAAAUGCACAUAGUGCGAAUCACAUUAAAUUUCCACUAGACAUGAAGAAGCUGAUUUUUGUGAAAAGUUUAAUCUUUUAGGAAUAUUAUUAAAUACCGUUUUUGAAAAUAUAGAAAUUAUAGGAAAUUAUGAAAACCCAUAAUAAUUGGAAGCAUUUGAAGUAUAUAUAAGAGGAGUUGGACCUGAAGAAAUGAGAGAUUAAUAAGGAAGAAUAUGGCUUUUUAGAAAAAAUGAAAGUAUAGCUUCUUUUCUAGCUUACUUUGAUUAAAGAAUGUUAAGGGUUUAUGAUGGUUUAAUUUUACUUAGUUAAGGAUACGGCGAUUCUACUUAAAUGUAAAAAGCUUAAGAGUUAUAUUUUUAAAGUUUUAAUGAUUUAUAUCCUAAAAAAUCUAUAAAUGCGCAUGAUUUUCCUAUUUCCGUAAUGGAAAGAUAGAAAAAGCAAAAUGAUGAUAAAAAAAAAGAUUAAGAAAUAUCGGCUGGAACUGUAAUGAUAUGCAAAAAUUGGGGAUGUGGAUAAACUUAUAUAUAUAAAAGUGAUAUUAAUUAAGCAAAUAAAAAAUGUUAGUAUCAUCCUGGAGUUUUUGAUUUAGGCUCAAGCCAUGGAUUAUGGCCAUAAAGUUGGGUAUGUUGUAGAGGAAAAUGGGAAUCUAAAGGAUGUAAAAUAGGUUAUCAUAACGGAUAAACAGAAAGAAAAAUUAUUAGAUUAUGUAUAAAUCAUGGUGAUAUUAACCCUGAAACAGGUCAUCCAGAUUCUGCUUGUGGUAAAAACUAUACAGAAUAAGAUUCUGAAUAAUGUAAAUUUCAUAGAGGUUAUUUUAAGAUAGAAAAUAGGAACAAAGAUUCUGGUUAUUGGACUUGUUGCAAUCAGUGUUCUUAAACAGCUGAAGGCUGUUAUACUUAAGAGCAUUAAUGUGCUGUUUGGCCUGAUGUAAAAGCGAAAAUAUAUUUUGUAGAGAAACCUUUAAAAAAUCCAGGUAUAGUUAGAAAUACAGAAAUUGAAAGAUUUGAUAAAACUGCUUUAAAAUCUAGUAUAUAUAGACUUUAUGAAUAAUAUACUGUUAAAAAUAAAUAAAUUAAUAUAUAUAAAAAAUUACAUAUUUAUUUAUAUAUAUAUAAAUAUAAUAUAAUAUAAAAUUAAAAGCCUUAUGUAACUGAAAAAACAUAAUUAGAAGAAGAAAGAAAAGCACAUGAGAAUGAAAUAAGAAUAUGUAUGAAUUGGGGUUGCGAAGAAAAAAAUAUGAGAUUUAAAGAAAUUGAUAAAAAUACAGACAUGAAAAUUAAAUAAAAAACUUGCAAUUACCAUCCUGGAUAUUUUGAUUUUGGAAGUGUAAAAAGAUUAGGAGAAAGCUUGUAAUCUAUAGCUACAUUAAUAUAGAAUUAAGAUAAUAAAACUAUACAUGCAAAUGCAAUUAGACCAAGAUGGACUUGUUGUAGAAGAGAAUGGAAAGCAAAAGGUUGUAAAUUAACAUAUCAUAAUGGACCAAUAGAAUCAACAAUUUCUUUAUAAAAAUUAGAAAGAUGGCCAAAUGUAAAUGCUAUGAGAUUUUUCAAGAAAAACGAUUAUUUACAUUUUAAGAAAAAAAUAGGCGAAUAAAUAAAAACAUAAGAUUAAAUAAAUCAUUUUUGGUAUUCUUUUUCAGUAGGAAAAGAAACUAUACCUGAAGAAAAAUUAGGAGAAUUAUGUGAUAAAUUUUAAUUAACUUAAAUGGCUCUUUCUGAUGAUUUGUCAUAUCAUUUUAAAUAUUUUGAUGUUUUAAGAGGUUUAGCUGCCAAAAUAUUAGAUAAUGGAAACGGAUAUAUAGAAAGAUAAAAAUUUUCUGAAUGGUGGUUAAAACCUUUAGAUAAAUAUCCUAUUAAUGUAUGA